AUCCCACAUUUGCACUUAAAUGUCCAUUUUCGCCCUUUCUCAACCCUAAGCUGCAAUUCCCAUCUCAACCCUCCGACGUUAUGCAUUCUCUUCUUCUCUUCUCCCUUUUCUCGAUUACCCCUUUGUAAUUCCCCCCCAUUUUCAUUCAAUUCCUUCAUUACCCUUCUCUUACUCUCUCCGAUUUCUCUCACAUACCCGCCAAUUUUCUCUCUCCUCCCUCUUUCGAAUUUCCGUUAACUCUUCCACUUCUUUCUUCCCUUUCUUCCUAAAUUCUUCCAUCUCCAAUUUUCAGUGUUUUUUUUCUCGAGAUUGAUCUCUAUGUGUUCCAUGACGUUAAUUUUCCACGUUAUUACAAUACCCAGUUCGAAAUUUUGACAAUUUACACUGAUUUCUGAAGCUCAAUUGAAUGGAUCAAAGCUUGGAUUUUUUGAGCUAGGGUUCCGUAAUUUUGAGAGUUUGUUGAUGCCACUGGUGAAUGGUGACUGGACGUUGUUUCAGCACCUUGCUUCCAUAGUUGUGCUCGCGAAAUUUGCCAUUGGUUGUUUUUUUAGAAACAAUGGCAAAUCAUGAUUUGAUCCUUGGGAAAAAUCAUGCAAUUGAUAUGGACCAUGACCAGCAGCUGGUGCAUGCCCACAAUCACAGCCUAGAUCUUCGACAAACUCACGAGCAUGAUCUCGGUUUGGGACAAGGGCAUGAACAGGAACUGGGUUUAGGACAUUCCCACGAACACGAUGAAUUGGCUUUAGAACAGAACCAUGAUCAUGAAGCGAGCAAUGAGCAUCUUUAUGAACAAGAUAAUGACUUGCAUAUGGAGCAUAAACCUAAUCAUGAAAGUCAUGAAUUUUCUUCUCAGAACAAUGAGUUAAGUAUAGUAGAGCAAAAUGAGCUGGCUCUUUCGAGUAAUCAAGAAUUUGAUGAGAAUUUGGAAUUAGAUAUUGAUCAUAAUGAUGAAAUGGGUAUUGAAGCUGUGGAUGAUAUGGGUGUUCAGGAGCCAGAUUAUGUACUUAGUCAUGUUGUUCAGGCUCGUUCUCUGGUUGUUAACCCUAGCCAUGAGAUUCAUGUAGGACAGGAAUUUCCAGAUGUUAAGAGCUGUCGCAGAGCUUUAAGGAAUACAGCGAUUGCUCUACACUUUGAGAUGCAGACCAUAAAAUCUGAUAAAACUCGUUUUACUGCCAAAUGUGCAUCUGAAGGAUGUCCAUGGCGUGUACAUGCUGCAAAGCUUCCAGGCGUGCCUACUUUCACAAUCAGGACACUUCAUGAGGUCCAUACAUGCAAUGGCAUAGGUCAUCUUGGCCACCAACAAGCAUCAGUGCAGUGGGUGGCGAACUCUGUCGAACAACGUUUGAGAGAGAAUCCGAACUGCAAGCCCAAGGAGAUACUAGAAGAGAUCCAUAGAGUACACGGGAUCACUUUAUCAUACAAACAGGCCUGGCGGGGAAAGGAGCGUGUUAUGGCAGUUAUGCGGGGAUCCUUUGAAGAAGGAUAUCGGCUUUUACCACAAUAUUGUGAGCAAGUUAAACGCACAAAUCCCGGUAGUAUUGCUUCUGUUUAUGGUAAUCCGACAGAUGACUGCUUCCAGCGGCUCUUUAUUUCAUUCCAAGCAUCUAUUUACGGCUUCCUAAAUGCAUGUCGUCCGCUUCUUGGUCUUGAUAGAACCUAUUUGAAGAGCAAGUACCUGGGUACUUUGUUGUUGGCUACUGGUUUUGAUGGGGAUGGUGCUCUCUUUCCUUUGGCAUUUGGUGUAGUUGAUGAGGAAAAUGAUGAGAACUGGAUGUGGUUUCUAUCAGAACUCCACAAUCUGCUUGAGGUUAAUACUGAAAAUAUGCCCAGGCUAACAAUUUUGUCUGACAGGCAUAAGGGUAUUGUGGAUGGAGUGGAAGCAAACUUCCCAACUGCUUUUCAUGGAUUUUGCAUGCGUCAUCUGAGUGAAAAUUUCCGUAAAGAGUUCAAUAACACAAUGCUUGUAAAUCUUUUAUGGGAAGCUGCUCAAUCUCUCACCAUAAUUGAAUUUGAGGCUAAAGUUCUGGAAAUAGAAGAGUUAUCACAAGAUGCUGCGUACUGGAUUCGGAAAAUUCCACCUCGCUUGUGGGCCACUGCCUAUUUCGAGGGUACUCGAUUUGGGCAUCUUACUGCAAACAUAGUUGAAUCUCUAAAUAGUUGGCUUCUAGAAGCUUCAGGGCUACCAAUCAUUCAGAUGAUGGAAUGCAUUAGGAGGCAGCUAAUGACUUGGUUUAAUGAACGGCGUGAGAUAAGCAUGCAGUGGACAUCAAUACUCGUUCCAACUGCUGAGAGUCAUGUUGCGGAAGCAAUUGAGCGUGCUCGCUCUUACCAAGUGCUUCGUGCAAAUGAGGCAGAGUUUGAAGUCAUAACGCAUGAAGGUUCUAAUUUUGUGGAUAUUCGAAAUCGUUGCUGUCUUUGCAGGGGAUGGCAGCUGUAUGGUCUACCAUGUGCUCAUGCUGUGGCAGCCCUAAUUUCGUGCAGGCAGAAUGUUCAUCGUUUCACAGAAAGCUGUUUCACAGUUGCAACUUAUAGGAAGACAUAUUCUCAGACUAUACAUCCAAUUCCAGAUAAGUCAUUGUGGAAAGAGUUUUCUGAAGGGGACUCAGAUGCUAGCAAAUCUGUUGAGGUAUAUAUUAACCCACCUAAGUCUCUUCGUCCUCCUGGAAGACCAAGAAAGAAGAGAGUUCGAGCUGAAGAUCGUGGUCGUGUGAAACGGGUUGUGCAUUGUAGUCGCUGCAAUCAGACAGGUCACUUCAGAACUACAUGUGCAGCACCGUUAUGAAUCCUUCUUAUCUGAAGAUUGGUAAUUGGCAUUCUAAUUUGAGUGUUUCCAUAUAUUAGACAAAUGGAAACUUACAGUUUCUUAUAAUGAUUUAAUAAUUUUAUGCAACUUCUUAGUUAGUGUAGCUAGUCAAUGACUCAAUAUAGUCUCCGGCUAUUUAGUAUAAUAUGUGAUAAAAAAUGCAUUAGGUAUUAUAUUAGUAAAUAAGAGCUUAUUCUUGCGAA